AGCGACUUGUCCACAUUGACUACCUCCACGCUCGUCACGAUAUCUCAUCUUUACGAUUGAUCCACGUUCAGAGAGCGACUUACUUGCUAGUGUAGCUUUGCGGACUUUAUGAAAUACACACAGUUGGAAACUCUAUCGCUAUCUCUGUUAUAGACUCCAACGGCUCCUCCGGACUCCAUCAACCGUGACGACGACGACCCCGCUCCCACGAACCAGGGACACCUUGCCGAAACCUCCCACGUUUGGGAUAUAUGAUCUCGGUAUAUCGAUCCGGUAAAAAAAAUUAUCUAUAAGCAGCAAGAGGAGGACCAACAAAGAGGGAGUGUCAAGGUUGGGAGAGAACGGCCAGCACUGGCCAUAGUGCUAGCUGAGGAUGUCUAUCUGCGUCGCCAUCCAGUCGGCCUUGUUCUACUACCUCGCCUGCACCCCAUGUCUCCAGCUUCGUCAUGAACACCGGACACACAAAAAGGCAAAGAAGGAGCGGAAGGAAAAGGCACGAAUCAUCGCCGAGCAGCCGCACCUAUAUCGCCAUCCGGACCCCUAUAAUACGAACCCCUACUGGGCCGAGGAGAUUCGCAUGGGACCAUGUCUACCCAAGAAGAACAAACCGAACGAUGCCAGCAAGAGUCAGAGCCAGAGGGGCUUGAUGUGGGAAAGUCGAGAUGGAGUGAGCUUAGCAACUGGGAGUACGCAUGCGAUCAGCAUGGCGCGGCCGACGACAGCGACGCCAAUAACACCAACAACGGAGGAAUCCAACAAUAAGCCUAUUGGUUUCGUCCACCCCCCACUCGCAGACGUAGCAGCAGACCUAGCAACAGACGCGGAGACGGAAACUGUUAGGCCAGAUACAAGGGGGCCGUCUCCUACUUCCGGAAUUCCAGAACAGCAUGACGAUGCCGUCAGUGCCGUACUGAGCAAGACGGCUUCCGCAACAACAGUCGGUACCGACUGGAACAUGAAGCGGUAUCAGCGCGAGGAUGAGGAACUCUGGGGCUACGAUGAUGAGUCCAUCAGGACAAGUUAUAAGCUUAUGGACGCCAUCAAGCAGGCUGGAUCGAGCGCUGGCCGCUAUGUCGAAUCCAAGCUGGGGCUCGAGAAGCAGGUGACGGAUGAGGAUAGAUACAACUUUUACUCCUCCACCAAGAACCCGCCCGUCAACGACUACCAUCCUCCGGUCGUCAGCAGCAAGCCGUCGCACAAGAACGCGCGUGCCUGGAUGUUGCAGCCCCCACCUCCCGCCAAGGUGAUGGAAGGCAAGGUCCCUGUUAGCAGGAGCGCCAGCAUGACGAGCGUUCAGUCCAGGUGGACGAUGGGCAGCAGCAUGUCUACGGAAGCACGGCCAUCGCUGGGGAGAAUUGUCGGUGACAAGGCUCUCGAGGCUAAGAUUCAGCAGCGAACUGCCAACGGGGAUGGAUAUCUGGACCCGGAGUUGUAUUCGGUUGCCUCGACCAUGUCCCGGGCGAGAUCUAAGAGAGCCACCAACGGUUCAAUGGCACGGAGAACCAGCAGUCGCCUUACGACCAGAAGCCAGGACCUGUCUGCGGGCUCUGACGGUUCCGACGAGGAUAACGCAAGCACCAAAGCACCGAAGAGACGGACCACACGGAGACGUAGCAACCGCAACGUCAUCACCCCCGAUAGCGAUGAGAACGAGGAGGAGGACGCCUACAUCUCCAGGAGCCUGGAGUCGCUAAGCAGCAGCCACUUCCCUCCCCACGCCGCCCAGAGGCCCAAGCUCCCCACCAUCAAGAGCGCCGAUGAUGCUCGUCUCGCUUCGGAGGAUAAGACGCUGUCUUCGUCAUCGAAGGUCAGGCCCACCAGCAGAUCCAGCACCAAGCUCGUCCUGCAAGACGCGACCAACUCGUCGAGCUCCGUGUCUUCUUCCUCUAAUAAGUUGAACCAGAAGGAGCGCAUGAUUGGCUCCAUUGAUAGCGGUCUUGCUAUGCAUGCGUAAUCGGGCCUCAAAGGUCUAUAUGCAUGUCGGAGAGCGAUAUUGUAAGGUGGGGCAGCGAUGGACGGACGAACAUUCAUCUUGCCACGGUUCUCUGUCGUUGCUGUUGCCGUUGUCAUCCAAAAACAAAAGCAUUGCGUCUCAUUUGUGUGUUUCCUGUCCCGUUAUCCCAAACGCACGCUCGCACGUACGCACAUACGCCUUCAUAGA